AUCUGAGUCAUGUUUCAAGAUGGCGUUAUCUUCAAAAGUUCGACAACUUCUGAUGGGCAUGGGUGCCUAUGCACAGACAACUAAAGGAUUCGAUCGAGUGGCGAAAGCCGUGAGUAGAAAAUAGAUGAAAGGCAAUACCCCAAGCGGUGCUAAGCCUAAUUAUUCAAACUGACUGAAUUAUAGAAGUAGUUUACACUUCACCCGGUGCCUUUACAUGGAUCCGGAGGGAGGAGGGUAAAAGCUGUAAGCUCUCGCGAGGGUUUAAUCUUCUCGUGGAGUUCAUUUUCUUAGUAUUCAGAGGGUCAACAUUCAGUGGCAUUUAUCCCCAAUAGCAACAAAGUCCGGGGGGGUAGGCACUCUUGGGGCCAUUCGCCCCCCUCCCCCCCUGCCAUUGACGAAAUUUUCUGAAGAGGUAAACAAAAAAUAUUAAAUGGAAUUUCUGAAAGUUGUAGGACUGAAGACCAGAUUUUCUGAAGGGAAGUAGCAAAGAAGCAAAAAUUUUUCUUUUGGCAUUUAGGCAAAUUUUCUGAGGAUUUUGGGGAAAAGAGAGCACUUUUCUGAGGGUUAGGAAAUUUCAAAGUCCUUCGUCAACAUGGAGGGGUGUAUAUUAAAUGAAAUCGCCCUUGGUUUAAACAGUCUAGCUGAACUACUAGACAAUUUCGGUGACUGCAGUCAUCGGUCUUUUGUAAGGCUAUGCAAGUCAGUCAAUAAUUGUUGGCUGACCAAUACACACUUUUGGGACAUAUUCUUUCACAACGUCCAGAGGCUAAGCAGUUUUCUUAAUCCAUGAGGCCAUCCCCUUUUUUUUUCUUUUUACCGUCCUCUGACCGACUCAAAUUUUGGGCAUUUUCAAAAAAAAAGAAAAAGUAAUGACGUAGUUAAACCUUUUCACUUUAACCCAUUCGCCCCUGAACCGCCCGUAACCGCCCGUGCGGAUCCAGGUCCUUUCUACCCUUUGUGACGUCAUCAGUUUUAACGGUCAAGGACAACUUUCUUCGCACACGUGUGCGGAGUGAAGAGAUCUUUCAAACCAUACCAGAAUGAGCACAAUUCAGUCAAGGACACUGGAGAAAGAAGCAAAAAACCACGUGACAAGGACCUGAAAAUCUCCAUGAAAAUCUUGUACCAUUACCCACCUACCUUUCCUUUCACCUAAUCCUAAGAUCCUAAAAGCUUUCCUAAAAACUCUUCCCACCAAAAUGAAGCCUACUAAAUGCCCAGCAAGAGAAAAAAAAAAUGAGGCAAGAAAAGCGAAAAAAUAAGGGAGGAGAGAAAGCGAAAAGUCAAAGUCAAGACUGCUGUGUCACUUUUAAACCCAAAAACUAUGUCGAAAUUUUGCUUUCUGCGCAUGCCCGAACUUCGCAAGCUGAUAUUUUGCAUCUGGAUCAGAAGGCCGCCAAGUGUACAACCUGUAAACCGGUUUGUGGUAAGUUUUAGCUCUUUAUAGCACGACAGUGACCAGAAAACCACUCGACUAGCUUCAAAACGCGUUUUUGGGCAAAAUCUCCAGGAGCGAAUGGGUUAAUUAACUCUUGUAAUCCAAAAAUAAGUAUAAUAACAGCAUAGUGGGAAAAGGGAACAUUUUUUUUACAGCAUAUUAUUCUGCAUUUGGUUAAUCCCAAUAAGUAAAAAGUAACUUUUAACAUCAUCCUCACUGGCAACAAGGAUUUAAACUUAGUUUGAAAAAUUUCAAUGUAUCUCUGUUAAAAAAGAAAUAAUUAGCCUGUCGUAGUUUCUAACAAGCACAAACCCGCAAAGGUGAUCUUACACACGACGAUUUAUGAGAAUGACUUUUAACCCAACACAGCCUUGCAAUGCUGCAACUCUGUGUUGGACUAAAAAUCAUUUUUGUGAAUAUUGUAACAUCACCUUUUGUUUGAUACAAAAAACUCUUACUGAAAAGUGAGGGAUGCUGGUAGGUUGCAUAGGAGUUUUGGUGGUUGAUCCUUUCCUCCAUGUUGUCUUGACUUUACUAUAACAGCAACAAACGCUUCUGCCAUAUAUAUUUUGUGGUCAUGUCUUGUUGUUUCCAGGCUCCACAGCAAUGAUGCUGGGGUACCUGGCCUCCUAUUCUGAGACUUUUUUUUAGUUUUUUUUAACCUGACCGACUGACCCAAAAUCAGGAAACACAUUCGAGUGUACAAAAAAAAAGGAUGGUCUAACUCUCUUUUUAUAUCAUUAUUAUUUCAAGGUGGAACUUCUGUCAUUUGAGGAAGGCAAGGCUUCAUUUAAAAUGAUAGUGGAUGAAAGUCAUUUAAAUCGCCCAGGAACACUCCAUGGAGGGAUGACGGCAACUUUGGUCGACACAUUGACUACCGCUGUGCUUGCUUCCAAGCCUCCUCAUAAACCUGGCGUGAGCGUAGAUAUGAGUAUAAGUUACUUACGGCCUGCUAAACCAGGACAAGAAAUUAUUAUAAAUGCAGAAGUUGUGAAGUUGGGAAAGGUUCUAGCCUUCACUGCGGCUGAACUGUUACACAAAGAUGGAAAACUCAUUGCUAAAGCAAGCCACACAAAAUUUAUAGGAGAAGGGAUGCCCUCAGUUAUGACUGAGUGACCAUUAUUUUAUAAAUGGGGAGGGACACUAGCGUUACUUUUAUUUUUUACUGUUCUACUUUUGCCAAAGAGACUAAUAUUUUUCAAUAAUUACAAGAUACUUUUAAAACAGUAUCAUUCUGAAUUUCUGACACUAUUAAUACUAUUUAUUUAGUCAUACAUUAUAAUGAAAUACUUAAUAAGGAGACCAGUAUAUAAGUUAACAGACAGUUCUGUCUGUCUGAGUAAAAAGCUUGUAUAUUUUCUCUAAAAUUAACCCACAUAAUACAGACAAGGGACGCUUGUCUGUCUCGGGUAACAAACUCUGAUGUAUCCUCAACCUUGCUUUACGGGCCUUGGUUACCUGUGCACUGAUUAUUUUCCUUGUUACAAUCAUGUGAUAUAUGUAUAGACAUAUUUAUAGAUAAUGAUGUAGACAUUGUACCCUGUUCAAGUACAGUCAAACUCCUUGAAAAUGGACACUGAGGGGACCAUAGAAAGUGUCCAUAUUAAUGGGGUUAAGCGGGUUGAAUUAAGAGAAAAUGUAAGUAGGAAUAAUUUCUCUCCCCACAGACAAAGAACACUGUCCAUAACAAUGAAGUGUCCAUAAAGUGGGUUUUGACUGUAAUGACAGGUUUCAAUAGGUUUAUACAAAAUAAUGUGACAUUCUUGAUUUUAAUAAGUCCCUCUUUGACCGUAGUAUUGUAGUCCUUUAAUAAAGUUAUAUGCCUCCUUCUACGCAAGUUUCACUUCCUUGGCUUUUUGCCGCAG